AUAAGAUGUGUCACGCACCCAGAACCUGCAAAUUCUCUGAAGGACAGGAAAAAGUUGACCAGGGCACCCACUCCCCGGGGUUUUCGUGACUCGAUUCUAACUACAGCAGCGGGGAGACCUGUGUUAACUUCACAUCCUUUGAAUAUUAAAAUCAACAGGUAAGAUAUCUUACUGGUCACACUGAUAGUUUAUUACCCAAUUCGUCUUAAUAAAAAUAUUACAAUUUCUGUCAUUUUUUGCUAAAAAUAUUAACUAUUGGUUUUCUUGUUUUUUGUUUUUGUUAUGUUUUGUUUUAAAUAGCAAUGUAAUUAGUGUGUAGUCUGAGUCUGUUUAUAUUUUCAGACUGACUUAUUUGUUUAACCCCUUAAGGACACAUGACAUGUGUGACAUGUCAUGAUUCCCUUUUAUUCCAGAAGUUUGGUCCUUAAGGGGUUAAUGAGAAAUUAAGGAAAAUCGACAGUUUUAGAUGACCUAAAAUAGCCAAAUUGGAUAAAUUCUUUAGCUCUUUUUUUUCAGCUCGGCGGUUUUAGAAUAAAAUCUUCAAUUCCUGGUCUAACAAACUAAUGCUUUAGUUAUCCAUUUAUUUGGCAAGUAGAUUUUCUCUCUCCUGAAGAUGAAUAUAAUGUCCAUGAUUUAAGUUUUAAGGUAACACCAUUGUCGCCGUUUGAAAAUUACUUAAUUUGCAAAAAACACUAAAAUAUUGUGAGAAUUGGUCAUAUUGAACAGAUUAUCACAACACUGGCUAUUUGUACCCCAGUCUGCAUCUAGUACCUCUAAAAAUGCAAAAUUUAGCGAAUAGCGCAUUUUCUAAUUAUUCAAACAUAUUAAAACAGUACCUGAAUUGGAAAAGGUAAAAAUAUACGGACAUACAGAAAUUGGUAUUUUCCUAAUGUUGAACAAAGAAAUACAGUUCUGCUGUAUAGCGUUACAGUUAGACAUUUUAGGUUCUUAUUUGUGUGUGUUGGUGAACGCAUAUGUGUAUACAGGUGUCUGUGCAUGUUUUGGAUUGGUGAGAUUAUUAAACUGUUUAUUUACCAAAAUGAGAAUGUAAAAUUGAAGUUAAGAGUAGCUGUUCGGAGAAUAUUUCCAGUUUGAUUAUUUUGGCCUUUUGGCCCAACAUUUCUCACUGUAGUGCAUAACCUUGUAAAUCUUAAAAUAUUCUCAAGGGAAAAUUAAUAAUGGAUAUUCUUUAUAUUGUACUACUAAACUACACUACAAAACUUUUUUUAAAAUUAUUUUUGUUACGGAUUAUCUAUAAUCUAAUCAAAUUAGUGUGACUCAUGGGUGUAUCUUAAUUACUGUAGGACAGGCUGUCCAUGAUUCUAGAAACACAUUUUUUUAUCAUGUUAUCUGGAGGUGAACAUGUUCGACUAUCAUACUAGAUUGAUAUCUGAACUACUAACUUGUCAUUUAUUUUCCCAACAGUGGCCUUGAUUUAAUAUUUUUAGGUUAAGUUUGUCAAAUGAUUUGACAUUUUUGGAUACACUUUUCAAAUUAUUUAAUAUUUUUAAAAAUAUUAGAUUUAUUUUAAAAAAUCACUAUAUAUUUUUUUUCGAUGUGUCAUAUUUGUGUGUAAACAAAGAUGUCACGACACAGUUUACAGAGGAACAUCACAGUUAUGAAUGUUAUAAAAAAAAAUUAUAUUUUGUAAUAUUGAAAUUUAAUUGUAAACCUAUAUCCAAAAAUAUUAAAUGACCUGAAAAUCCUAUCCAAAAAUAUUCAAUAAAGGUCAAUGUACAAAAAUAGCAUUUAUUAAAUCAGACUAUUUUUACGGGAAGGCGUUGCGUAUGUUUACUACAUAAGUAAUGGGAUAGAUUUGUUGUUGCGACUGUUUUAUUAGUUAUUAUUGUUUUAAUUGGCAAAAAAAAAAAGUAUUUUUGUGUUCCAUUUAGAAGCAAUAUGUGAUUAUGUAAUGUUCAGGUUAAUUCUGUUUGCUUACUGGUAGUAUUUCAAAACCAUUGUAGAGACCUCUUUAAGAGGAUUUUCACUGAGUUACAAACCGGUUAUUUGUUAAAUGCAACAUAUACAGCUAAAUGUGCUUAAUUGCAAGAAAUGUUUGCAUCCAGAUUGAAAAAAUACUGUGUAUUUAAAAAAAAUAUAUAUAUAAUAAAACAAAAACUGGAGAGAAUUUGUUGGAAUUCUGUAUGAAGUAUUAAAUUCAGAUAUCUAUUAAACACCAACAAAAUACCCAAUACUGAAUUUCCAGUGUAAGGCAUGUUUGCUAAAUAAAUUAAUUCACAUGUUUUUACCAGUGAAACUACAGAAAUCCACAAUAUGUGGCCUCUGACAAUGCAAACUGCCAGCAAGGAAAUUUUUAUUAAAAAUAAAUAAAUAAAUUGGCACACUCGGUGGUCCCCAGACUCAUAUUAUCCAUUUGGCAGCCAGCAAUAAAGUCCCUUCUAUUCUAAUCACACCAUAGGCGGCUAUGUGAGGGUGUAACCUGUGAACAGAAACUCAAUUAUCAAUUCUUAUAAUGCUAUUUAUUUUAAUGUAUAUCAUAAAAUAUAUAAUAAUUUAUUUUUCGGGGGAAUUCUUUUUUUAACUGUUUGCCCACAAGCUGAUCGCGUAACCAAAUCAUGUCCAAUAGGGUCAAUUAAUUAAGCAUUUGACAAGUAUAUUUCAUUGGAGAUAUUGAUUUUAAAUCUGGAAUUGUAAUGAUUCUUAAGCUCUUCUAUGUGGAUCUCUGGUUUAGCAUAAAAAAAUGUGCCAGUCUCCAAUGGUUAUCUCUUUUACAUAUUGCAUUUUAUCGCAAGAUAACAUUCUGCACAAUUAAACCAGUGUAAGAUAAGAGGGCCACGCUGUGCAAUAUGCUCUCUGUAGGUUUUGCAAUUUUUUUAAAAUUAUUUUUUAUUUUUUAUAUUUUUUCAAAGUGUGUUUAAUCUGAAUAUAAUUUUUUAUAGUCUUUAAAAUGGACUCGAAAAUAAUACUCUAAACUUUAAUUAUUGGAAAUUGAGUAGGAAAUGUAAGCAUUUAGGCCAAACUAUAACUAGUAACAUAGGUGGGGUGUAGAUUUUUCCAAUGUGACUUUGUUUUGCCUAAUAUUCCCUGUUCAAUACCCAACAAUUCACAUUCACUAUGUAAGUACACUCAGAACACAUGACAGCUCAGUGAACUUGUGAAAUCACGUAGAAGACUUAUCUUCAAGUGAUCAAAUUAGAUCUCAUUUAUCAUCUCUUUGUGUCCGAUUUUAAUCCUCGUAUAAACUUGGCCUUUUUUUCUUUCUUAAUUCGUAUAUAUGUUUAUGCAUUGUGAGGCUUAUCUCUGUGGUUUUUGUCUCUUGUCUGAUGUUGUGGGUCUGUCUCUCUAAGAUGCUGCUAUCAGAUGUGUGUUUGUUUUUUUACUUUUAACAUAUAUUUUUUUUAAUCAGAUGUUUUUGUUUUUUUACUUAUAACAUUUUUUUUCAAGUUUAUAUGGUUUUUUUUAAAUUUCAAAAUGCAAAAAUUUAAAAUGUUUUGUUUUAAAUUUUUUUAUUUUACACCAAAUAUUUAUGUACGAAAAAAAAAAGCAACAACAAAAAAAUCCUUGGUAAAGAGAGACAAAGCUCCACUCACUUACAGCAUGGAGAGAGGCCUAAUGACAACGCUGCAAAAUUAACAACCGAGACAAGGGUGUUCAAAAAAGUUUAUUGGCAUCAAAACAAAAACAACAUGGGGAGCCACAAAACUAAUGCUUUUCAGCCCCUUAGGUCUUUAAUCAUAGGAACAAUGGUAAUACACGCAUAACAAUUUUAAUAUAUUUUCUUUAUAUAAUAUUGUUUUUGUGCCAAAAAACAUUUUUUUUAUUCAUCCAUGUUACGAGCUUGUCUCUGUAAUGCUUUUUGCGGUGUUAUGAUUAAUAAAGCAUCAUCACUUCUGUUUAUUGGAGUGACUAUGGUACUGUAGGCUUGUUUUCUCUGAAGCUCUUUUGGUGUGCUUCGACAAAAACAGUGUAGAGUUGCCUAGACCCUCUACACUGAUAAUGAGGAAAUAACACUUCUGCAUUAUCAGUAUCAAUCUAUCCAAGCUUAAAGGAACACUAUACUCACCAGACAAACUACAGCUUAAUGUAGUUGUUCUGGUGUCUAUAAGCUGUCCCCGCAGGAUUUUUAGUGUAAGUACUGCCUGUUCAGAGAAAAGGCAGUGUUUACAUUGCUGCCUAGUAAAUCCUCUAAAGGCAGUCACUCUGAAAGCCACUCGAGGUGCUUCCUGUGUCAGUUCUGCACAGUGUGCAGUACUGGUGUUUAGCGUCUCCACGCUCUGCAUGGAGUCACUGAACGCUCCAAUAGAGAUGCAUAGAUUCAAAGCAUCUUUACUAGGAUAUGCUAAUUGGUGCAGCAAGUUCUGCCUGCGCAUGUGCAAUAGCCUCCAAUUGGCUGAGAUAGUCAAAUAUGAUCUCUGCCACAGAGCAGGGUCAUGCAGAGACAGCCGCGGCGAGACCUGCGUGGGAGAAAACGUGAUUAAAAACACCUUUUUUUAAUGUAAAGAGAGGGGUCCAGAACCCUAAAUAGUGAUUUUACCACUAUAGUGUCAGGAAUACAGGUUUGUGUUCCUGACCCUGUGAUGUUCCUUUAAGCUGUAAUAAUAGGCUCAGAGUGCUGGGAGUGGGUUCCCACUUAGCACACAUAGACUCAUAGCACCAUAACAAACCAUUACAUUUAUUUUGUAAAUUGUGGCCAAUUAUUUUUUACUAACAAUAUCAAUGUUUGCGAUUGUCUAAUCAAUUUUUUUUUUUUUUUAAAUAUUGUUUCUUUAUUUCUUUGUUAAGGCAGCAGCAAUGCAGGAACCAGAGAUCUGUUACAUUCUAGACGCCAUCCUUUUUCUCUAUGGUAUUAUCCUCACAGCUCUCUACUGCCACCUGAAGGUGAGAGCAAUGCAUACUACCAGGGGCACAUUGAUAAUGUUGGUUAGUACUCAAAGCUCAGUCACAGCUUUAUUCACUGAUCAAACUAAAUCUUUUAAGCUUCACACAUUAAACACUUGUAUGUAUAAUAUCAGAAUCCUGUAAUGACUUUAUGAAUCUCUUAGAGAAAUAAUAAAUUGCAGUUAUAAUUGUGUAUAUUAGUAUUUAUGGACAUAACUGACUUAUAAAACAAUCAGUAUUAGCAUUUAAAAAAACAAACAAACAAACAUUUUUUUAAAGGGGUGAGUUCUAGCAGGCUAUUGGUCUGCCUCGGUGAUGGUUACUGAAGAUGUUAAUGAUCGAAAUGUACCGUAUGCUCUGCUAAAACCAAAAGCAGCAAUGGCAAGAUCACCAUCUCAUGUGUACAGAAUACAUAUAACUCAAAAGCACGCAGAUGUAUUCAGCUGUAAUAACAAAAAUAUAUUUAUAUUAAAUGUUGAUGCCAAAGUCAAGGAAUGGCAGUAGUUUAAAACAAAUCCAUGAUUUCUGGAGAGGCCUGUAGGGCCGAUGACAUAAUGUGCCUGUGACAUAGUGACAUCAGCUCCUGGUCUCUUAUUUUAGUGCGAGUCAAUAUAUGGGCGGUUUUGUAUAUCCGUUUUCCAGGGUAGAGGUAGUUGUUGUGGUGGACGCAGAUCAGGGGAAAUGGAGUCCAGUGUUGGUGUUAUUUUCCCCUCCGAGAUUCCAUAACAUUUUCCCCUGUGAAUUUAUAUUUUGCGUUUUUCCAUGUCAGCCAUUCCUUCCCUGCUCCUUUGUUCUCCUCUCAGCUGAUACACUGUAACAGCCAGAGAGAAUAGAAAUAGAGAAGUAGCCUUUGUUUUCUACAUUGUGGUUCCUACUAUGAAAGCAAAUUGCAAAUGGCCUGUCAGUUUUCAAGGGAGUCAGUCCAGUUCUGGGGAAACUGUUUCUGUUUCAUGAUCUGAUUGCAACACCUUAAAUUGCUACAUAAGGCCUGCCCCUGUCUUGUCAAAAUUCUUAGAGGGAUAAUCUUCAAGCCAAUGUUCGUCACUGCAUGUUCCUUAUUCCUGAAUGCCUUCAAUCUGUUCAUUUAAGCUUCAACAAUUCAGAAUAAAAAACAAAACAAAAAAAAAACAUUAAACUACAAGCCCCUCCUUCCCACAGUGUGACAUCACAGGGGGAAGUUAUGUCAGUAAAAGAUCUUGUAUAAUGUGUAGCAAUGAGCUCGCUAAUAGCUUUACAUGACAGGUCUUUUUCAGCAGCCAUACUGAUGCACAGCUGCUAAUUCAUGUAAGCGGCCGCCUAGGACCCCUGUCCCACUCUAACUGGGCACCUGUGAUAUUAGUAGUAAGAUUGUUGUAUAGGAUUCUGAUUAAAUGGAAUAUCAAAAUACCAAACAAAUGUGAACUAAAGGGCUCUGUGCAGGUGAAGGACACCAGGUUAAAUACCUCUAAGGCGUUCAGGCUCAAAAGCAUUCUUUGUGAAUUUGCUCCCUCCAGUGUGUCGCACAGGAAUGGCCUUUACCAAUAUAGAGCUAGCUCCUCCUCAACAGAUUGUCCACCUUGAGCAAAGCCAUGGUGCGGGGGUGUGAUGUGGGGCAAGAAUGCUUGUAAUCCGUUGGGUAUUUCAUGUGUAGUUGUGGGUCCAUAGGAACAGUUUCAGUAGUUUCACCUUCUUAUCCAGUUUGGGAAUCAGCCUGGCUUUGGCUAGAGAGAAUAGUGGAUAUACUGUAUUAAGUAUACUGUAUUGCAUUAUAAAGGGAAGUUAGAGGUGUGACCAGAUGACGUUGCAGCAUUUUGAAGUAGCUUCUGUCCUCGCUAUUUUGGCCCAAAAUGUUAAAAUAAAUUAUAAUUUGCUUUGAAUUCACAGCAAUUAGCCCUUUCAAUAAUAAACCUGCUUGUGUAUGUAGAGACAUUUUAAAUAGUAUUGUUCAGUAUUAACGACCUGCUAAGAUUCACUGCAACCCUGAGAUCUACGUUUUCACGUAGCCUCCAACAGUAAGAGAAAUGUCAGGAGAUGCAUCUUAUAUGAUUAUAUUAAUUGGGCUGCAAAUAGAGUAAACGGCAGGAAUAGAGUUCGGCACAGUGCACACAUCACCAGGUACAUGUAAUAAUCAAUAUGUCAUGCAUUAAUAAAGUAUUCCUUUGAAGAACUCGAGGUAAUCCUAGUCCCAGAUUGCUAACGUCGGAAUUUAAUUUCUGUUUGUUUUUUCCCACAGAUAAAGACUAACAGAGAGAAGAAAAAUGCAGAGUCUCACGUUUAUGAUGUACGUCACUUCCACAGUUCAUUGCGCUUUCUAUACUUAUGGUUUGACACCACCCAAUGGUGUAGUUACAUUUUAAACGUGCUCAUUAAGAUAACAAACCAAUAUAGUUCCACCAUUUUCUGAUGUUCCUUUUCUACAUAAAGACCACUAGACAAGUGACUUUGCAGGUUGUUGUGCAACAACUUUCAGGCCAUGUGUUAAACAGGCAGUGGCGUACACAUGACCCAUGGGGCCCCGGUGCGAAAAUUGAUCCAUGGGCCCCACCCCUCCACCCCCCUGUGCUUACUCUGCGCAGGUCGGGGCCGCAACACAUGGCGGCGGGUACCUGGUCGCAGGGCUGCGACCCCUACGACCGAGGUAUGUUCGCCAGUGCAUGCACAUACACUUAAAGGACCACUAUAGACACCCAGAUCACUUCAGCUCAAUGAAGUGGUCUGGGUGCCAGGUUCCUCUAGUUUUAACCCUGCAGCUGAAUACAUAUGUUUCACUGAGGGUUAAUCCAGCCUCUAGUGGCCGCUAGAGGGGCUUCCGCGAUUCUCACUGUGAAAAUCACAAUGAGAAGACGCUGGUUUGAAUGCGUGCGCGGCUCUUGACGAGCAUGCGGAUUCGGACCUGAGAGGCGGAUCGGGGCGGAGGGAUCCCCAGCGCCAAGGGAGUCCGGCGCUGGAGAAAGGUAAGUGCUGAAGGGGUUUUAAACACACUCUCAUGAACAGACACAUACACACUAGCUAACAGACACACACAUUUACUGACAGACAUACAUGCACACUCACUUACAAAACAUACACUCUCACUGGCAAAAACACACUUACUAAAACACCUAACAGACUCACUAACAGACUCACAAACUAACACACUCAGUAACAGACACACACACUCACUGACACACAAACUAACACACACGGACACUCACUAGCAUACACACACUCAAUAACAGAAAAAGGAUAGGGGGCACUCCCGAGACCUGCAUUUUGUAUGAAAGGUGCUGCCGCAGUGACCAAACUUCAUACAUAAAACAAUAAAUAGUUGCAGCGCACUCAGACUACAAAACAAUAUAUAAUACAAAGAAGGCUACUAAAAUGCCUAUCUGAGAAUAAAUAUGGGGAUUUAGUUACACCAUAUGGCCAUAUGUUGUUAAGCCCACCACUACUUUCAAAGUACCCCAAUAUUGGUGGGUCCUACGCUAAAAAUGUGGGGGACAAAUUAAAUAGUAUUAGUGUUGAAAAUGACAAGUGUUAAAUUAAAUCCUGAUAAGAGCACAGUGAGUAUACAAAAAUGAGUGAUGAAAGCAAUUAAAAACAGUGUUAAAACUAAACAAAUAAUGUGUUAGUGCUAAAAGGAGUAUACUCACUAUAGCAGAUGAUAUCUGUGCUGACUAGAGAAAAUAAUAAAAGUGACUAGACUACUGAGAAACUCCUCCUAUUAAUACACACCUGUGGCCACCUCUAAAGGAGCCUUAACAACAUAUGGCCAUAUGGUGGAACUAAAUCCCCAUAUUUAUUCUCAGAUAGGCAUUUUAGUAGCCUUCUUUGUAUUAUAUAUUGUUUUGUAGUCUGAGUGCGCUGCAACUAUUUAUUGUUUUACACAUUCAAUAACAGACACACACACACACACACACACACACACAAAAACUAACACACUCACUGACACUCAUUAGCACAUACACACACACGCUGACACAAACACUAACACACACACACUCUAACACUAACACACAUAUACACACUUUUUUUUAAAAUGUGAUCCCCCAGGCUUCCUACCUUUGGGAGUGCUGUGGAGAUUCCUGCAGUCCCUGGGGUCCAGUUGCUGGGCGGCCGGUCCUGUGGGCGCGCGAGGGAGCACUCUCCCCUGAGCGCUCUCUGCCCAGCUCUCUCGCGCGCCGCUUAUUGAUGGCUGAGGCAGAAUAUGACGUCAUAUUCCGGCUCCGGCAUCAGUGCGGUGCGUGUGAGGGAACUGGGCAGAGAGCGUUUAGGGGAGCGUGCUCCUUCGCGUGCCACAGGACCGGCCGGUGACACCAGGGCCAGCCUCGGUGGGCCCUGAGGUGGCCAGCUCCUGGGUCCCCCAGGAGAAGAGGCUGGCCACAUUGGCGUACAUACCGGGUCGCCGGGUCCAGUCGCAAUUGCGACCCCUGCGACCGCGGUAUGUACGCCAGUGUAUACAGGUUUAUUCACUAACGCGAGGAAUCAAUGUGAAUUACAAAGUUAAGGCCAGACUAGCUGACUUAGAGAAUUUUUCCAUUUCAGCUACUUUCCCCUUAAAUUUGAAACUCACCUUAAAUUCACUUUGAAUUAUCACUUUGGGAAGUAACCCUGAUGCUAUCGAACUCUCUUCUCCUUUCCUCUGCUCUGCUGUUUUUUUCCUGCCCUAUUACCUUGGGACAACACACUCGAAAUUAGUUUCCACCAGCAUUUAACCCCCCAAAAAUCCAUCCGUCAAUAGAUGUCACUUUUUGGUUUAAUAUUACUGACAUCAAAUAAACUUCGUAUCAAUCUUAUGUUUGCUGCAGAUAAACAUUUAUUUCCUACCAUGUUCCUAGAGAAUUAUGGUGUAUCCUUUAACUGUAAGCUCCUUGGCCCAAUCACUGAUGUAAGUCUUCCUUAUUCCUUUAGACCACCUGUCUGUAAAUUCCUUGAAACAGUCUACCUUUAUUCCAUUUAGCUGUAAACUCCAUUGGACAUUUAGACCACUGAACUGUAAAGUAAUUGACAAAAAAAACUGUUGUAAAAGAACACUAUAGGGUCAGGAAUACGAACAUGUAUUCCUGAAUCUAUAGUGUUAAAUACACAAUUUAGGCCCUGACCCUUCUUGUCCCCCUUAAAUAAAAUGUUAAAACUCACCUUUAUUCCAGCGCCAGUUUGGUCCAAUGGCGCUGGCUCCACCCCCGCUCCACCUCCUUGGCUGAGAUCAUCUAAAUUGCCAAUCUCAAUCAAUCCAAUGCUUUCCCAUUACUCAGCGCUGCCCAAUCAGCAUCUCCUCAUAGAGAUACAUUGAAUCAAUGCAUCUCCAUAGGAAUGUUCAGCAUAUCCAUGCAGAGUGUGGAGAGGAUUAAUGUCAGUGCAGCAUUUUUGAUACAUUUUUAAAAUAUAUAUGUUGAAACAGCAAUGUUCUACUUGUACUAUAACUUGCAAAUAAAAGCUAAGAACAUGUUAACAUUGGGUAUUUCAAACUCAGGACAAAAUUUUAAAACUAUUUAGCACUGGUGUUUUAUGCGUAACAGAUUUUGUGAGUCAAAGUUAGAAAAAGUGUAUUUUUACAUUUUUUUCAUCAUAUUUUAUAUAUUUUUUUUAUAGCAAAUUAUAUGAUAUGAUGAAAAUAAUUGUAUCUUUAGAAAGACCAUUUAAUGGCGAGAAAAACUGUUUAUAAUAUGUAUUUGUAGAGUAAAUGUGUAAGAGUAAAAUUACAGCUAAACACAAACACAGCAGAAAUGUAAAAAGAGCCCGGUAAGAAAAUUGAAAAAUGGUCUGGUCACUAAGGGGAUUAAAGCCUUGAAAUAUAAGUUACUAGGACAAAGUCCUUUGUAAUUAGACAAUGAGACAUUAUCCUACCUUUCUUGCUGGUCUCUAUUCCCUGUGUAUGUUUUCACUCAUUAAGAAGGGUUAUUUAGCUGAAUAUCCACAUUUACAUCAAUACAAGAGAUAAUUUUAGCUGCUGUCUUGUUUGAUAAACACUAUUUUUCCCCGCAGCAUCUCAAUAAUCCCGAAAAGAGAAUCUAUGAUGUAAUUGGAGGAGAUAAAGAUAUAGAAAUGAAGGUAAGACCAUGUACAAUACCAGUGUCUUAUUAUUUCUUACUAUUAGUUUCCCGUUUUCCUUAAAGGGACACUGUAGUCACUAUAACCAUUUCAUCUCUUUGAAUUGGUUAUAGUGCCUGGAGUGCCCUGGCACUGUCCCUCCAUUCAGUGUUGCACCAUAUUCGUGCAGUAUGCCACAAAAUAAGAGUCCCUGGCCUCCCUAAGUCCAGCCCCUUCUGUAUGUGUAGCUAAGACAGAGAUUACACACUUGUUGUCAUACCCAUUCAUACCGUCAGUUGGAGCUCUGACAGGCUAAAAGCAGUCAGCUGACACUCUCAGCCAAUCACAGGUGCCUAUUGCUGCUCAGGCUAAUACUUCCUUAUUAGCCAAAGCAGCACAGAGGGGAUGGACUGCCUGUGACUCUUGCUUAGCAUUAAAACAUUAAAGACUGUUUAAUGCUGAAUGAAAUGAUGGUACCAGAGGACUCCAGACACUAUAACCAGUUUAAUGAGAUGAAGCAUAUACAGUGGCUACGGUGUCCCUUUAAAUCACAAGGAAAGAGCUAGAAUGGAUCGCUGUGGUAGCUGAGCGGUCUAAGAAGUGUGCGUGUUACAAUUAACUUCAGAAUAGUGCAGGCUGAACUCCACAGAUACAAACUGGAUAAUAAUCUUUUGGCCAUGCUAAUGAUGCUGCAUAGUAUGGCUGGAAGGAAUCUGCAUUUAUUUUGGUGGGAAGUUGUGCAAUUAGCUGAUUCAAAUAGGAACUCAGCAGAAAACCUGAACUCUGUAGCUCUCUGUAGUCAAAUGAUGAACUCUCCAUAGACUCAGCAGCUAAAUACACAUUGAACUCAAACCGUGCAUCUCUUCGCAUAUUGGAUUCUGAAUCCAGCAGCUUUCUUUCGAUCUCAUGUAAUAUUGAACUGUGCUGCUCUCCGUGGAUCCAUUGUAACAUUGAACCCUUCAGCUCUCCAUAGUAUUAACAAGGAACUCAGCAGAUCAACACAUAUUGUCAUUUCUCAAAUCUAUCUCUUACUCUCGUAGGUUAAUUAGUGGGACCACACUAAUCACCUUCCAAUUCUGUGACUUUCACACCCUGUUGUUUGGUUGCUAUCCCCCACACUGCCCUUUCUAUUGUGUUUUUAUAACCCACCUACUCUAGAUUGUAAGCUUGUUCAAGCAGGAUCCUCAUCAACCUAUUAUUCCUGUCAAAAUCAGUACUUCUCUCAUUUAUUGUUAAAUUCCCCCUUUAUAAUAUUUUAAAGCCCUGCAGAAUAAGUUGGCGCUAUACAAAUGUAAUUAAUAAAAUAUUGAAUUAUGAAUCCAGCAACUAUAGAACUGUGCACCUGACUAUAGCCAGCAUGUAACACUGAACCCUGCUGCUCUGUAUAGACUCCAUGUAACACUGAACCCUGCAGCUCUGUAUAGACACCAUGUAACACUGAACCCUGCAGCUCUGUAUAGACUCCAUGUAACAUUGAACCCUGCAGCUCUGUAUAGACUCCAUGUAACACUGAACCCUGCAGCUCUGUAUAGACUCCAUGUAACACUGAACCCUGCAGCUCUGUAUAGACUCCAUGUAACACUGAACCCUGCAGCUCUGUAUAGACUCCUUGUAACACUGAACCCUGCAGCUCUGUAUAGACUCCAUGUAACACUGAACCCUGCAGCUCUGUAUAGACUCCAUGUAACAUUGAAACCUGCAGCUCUGUAUAGACUCCAUGUAACAUUGAACCUUGCAGCUCUGUAUAGACUCCAUGUAACACUGAAUCCUGCUGCUCUGUAUAGACUCCAUGUAACACUGAACCCUGCAGCUCUGUAUAGACUCCAUGUAACACUGAACCCUGCAGCUCUGUAUAGACUCCAUGUAACAUUGAAACCUGCAGCUCUGUAUAGACUCCAUGUAACAUUGAACCUUGCAGCUCUGUAUAGACUCCAUGUAACACUGAACCCUGCUGCUCUGUAUAGACUCCAUGUAACACUGAACCCUGCUGCUCUGUAUAGACUCCAUGUAACACUGAACCCUGCAGCUCUGUAUAGACUCCAUGUGACACUGAACCCUGCAGCUCUGUAUAGACUCCAUGUAACAUUGAACCCUGCAGCUCUGUAUAGACUCCAUGUAACAUUGAACCCUGCAGCUCUGUAUAGACUCCAUGUGACACUGAACCAUGCAGCUCUGUAUAGACCCCAUGUAACAUUGAACCCUGCAGCUCUGUAUAGACUCCAUGUAACACUGAACCCUGCAGCUCUGUAUAGACUCCAUGUGACACUGAACCCUGCAGCUCUGUAUAGACUCCAUGUAACACUGAACCAUGCAGCUCUGUAUAGACUCCAUGUAACACUGAACCCUGCAGCUCUGUAUAGACUCCAUGUAACACUGAACCCUGCAGCUCUGUAUAGACUCCAUGUGACACUGAACCCUGCAGCUCUGUAUAGACUCCAUGUGACACUGAACCCUGCAGCUCUGUAUAGACUCCAUGUAACAUUGAACCCUGCAGCUCUGUAUACACUCCAUGUAACACUGAACCCUGCAGCUCUGUAUAGACUCCAUGUAACAUUGAACCCCGCUGCUCUGUAUAGACUCCAUGUGACACUGAACCCCGCAGCUCUGUAUAAACUCCAUGUAACACUGAACCCUGCAGCUCUGUAUAGACUCCAUGUAACACUGAACCCUGCAGCUCUGUAUAGACUCCAUGUGACACUGAACCCCGCAGCUCUGUAUAAACUCCAUGUAACACUGAACCCCGCAGCUCUGUAUAGACUCCAUGUGACAGUGAACCCUGCAGCUCUGUAUAGACUCCAUGUGACAGUGAACCCCGCAGCUCUGUAUAGACUCCAUGUGACAGUGAACCCCGCAGCUCUGUAUAGACUCCAUGUAACACUGAACCCUGCAGCUCUGUAUAGACUCUAAAUGACAGUGAACCCUGCAGCUUUGUAUAGACUCCAUGUAACACUGAACCCUGCUGCUCUGUAUAGACUCCAUGUAACACUGAACCCUGCAGCUCUGUAUAGACUCCAUGUAACACUGAACCCUGCAGCUCUGUAUAGACUCCAUGUAACAUUGAACCCUGCAGCUCUGUAUAGUCUCCAUGUAACACUGAACCCUGCAGCUCUGUAUACACUCCAUGUAACACUGAACCCCGCAGCUCUGUAUAGACUCCAUGUAACACUGAACCCUGCAGCUCUGUAUAGACUCCAUGUAACAUUGAACCCUGCAGCUCUGUAUAGACUCCAUGUGACAGUGAACCCUGCAGCUCUGGAUAGACUCCAUGUGACAUUGAACCCUGCAGCUCUGUAUAGACUCCAUGUGACACUGGACCCUGCAGCUCUGUAUAGAAUCCAUGUAACAUUGAACUCUGCAGCUCUGUUUAGACUCCAUGUAACACUGAACCCCUCAGCUCUGUAUAGACUCCAUGUAACACUGAACCCUGCAGCUCUGUAUAGACUCCAUGUAACACUGAACCCCGCAGCUCUGUAUAGACUCCAUGUAACAGUGAACCCUGCAGCUCUGUAUAGACUCAAUGUAACACUGAACCCUGCAGCUCUGUAUAGACUCCAUGUAACACUGAACCCCUCAGCUCUGUAUAGACUCCAUGUAACACUGAACCCUGCAGCUCUGUAUAGACUCCAUGUAACACUGAACGCGUCAGCUCUGUAUAGACUCCAUGUGACAGUGAACCCUGCAGCUCUGUAUAGACUCCAUGUAACACUGAACGCGUCAGCUCUGUAUAGACUCCAUGUGACAGUGAACCCUGCAGCUCUAUAUAGACUCCAUGUAACAUUGAACCCUGCAGCUCUGUAUAGACUCCAUGUAACACUGAACCCUGCAGCUCUGUAUAGACUCCAUGUAACAUUGAACCCUGCAGCUCUGUAUAGACUCCAUGUAACAUUGAACCCUGCAGCUCUGUAUAGACUCCAUGUGACAGUGAACCCUGCAGCUCUGGAUAGACUCCAUGUGACAUUGAACCCUGCAGCUCUGUAUAGACUCCAUGUGACACUGAACCCUGCAGCUCUGUAUAGACUCCAUGUAACACUGAACCAUGCAGCUCUGUAUAGACUCCAUGUAACACUGAACCUUGCAGCUCUGUAUAGACUCCAUGUAACAUUGAACCCUGCAGCUCUGUAUAGACUCCAUGUGACACCGAACCCUGCAGCUCUGUAUAGACUCCAUGUAACACUGAACCCUGCAGCUCUGUAUAGACUCCAUGUAACACUGAACCCUGCAGCUCUGUAUAGACUCCAUGUAACACUGAACCUUGCAGCUCUGUAUAGACUCCAUGUAACACUGAACCUUGCAGCUCUGUAUAGACUCCAUGUAACACUGAACCCUGCAGCUCUGUAUAGACUCCAUGUAACAAUGAACCCUGCAGCUCUGUAUAGACUCCAUGUGACACUGAACCCUGCAGCUCUGUAUAGACUGAAAAGAAGAAGUUAGGCAAGUGUACAUUUCUUACAAAAUGUAACCGUGGUAUGUGUAAAGAAUAUUAAAUCUCUUUGCGUUGAAGAUAUCCGUGUCUGGUUGAGUGUACCUUAUACUUGUAGCUCUGUAUAUAUGAUGAGAGUUGUAUUGAGAACAGGAAGGUGUUUUUAACACUUCUUCCUUAUAAACCCGCACAAGACAGGCGUUUUCGCUAAUUUGACCUAAUUUCAGCGGCUACUUUAUAUUUCAAACUGCUCACAGCUCUUUACACCCAGACCCACCGUGCACUAUAGUGCAAUGAUUCAAUUCUUCUGUUAAAGGUAGCGAUCAGUCUGUUCAUUCAUUCAUUCAUUUUCAUUUAAAUAAUAUAACAAUGUAACAUUUUGGCAGCAGUAAAAAUUUCAAAUAUCUUUUCCAGUCUAUAUUACUACAAAUCUGGCUACAUAACUACAAUCUGAGUAUUUUUUUUGUGGGCGCUGGCUACUUUUAACCACACUUUUUAAACUUAGAAAAGAAAGAAAACAAAAAAAAAAACUGUAUAAUAAAAACCCAAACUUUAUAAUUGCUUAUUUUUUUAUUUCUUAAUCUAUUUGAAUCUAAAUAAAACAUUUGAGCUGACAGUUCUGUAUUUGACAUUAGUUCUCUAAAAUAGUCAGGGGAAGUGUUUAUGGGUUACAUUUUACAAGUUACAUUUCCUCCUUAUCAAUAUCAAGUUUGGACUGUAUUUAUUGGCUGACUAUCCUGUAUGGUGUCUGCGUAUGGGUGGGAUUUCUACCGCUAAUUUCAGAUUAUAACCUCCACAUUAUUAUUAUGCUGAGUGAGAGCCGGGGUCAAAGAUGACAGUGGAUUCUCAGUUUGCCAAGUUGCUUAAAAAGUUUUUCUCAUGAAGUAGGGGGAACAGUGCCAGGGACCAUAAAGUCUACAGCAGGCUUUGGUGCUUCGAGUGCCCCUUUAAACGCAGUGGAGGCUGUGAUUUUUCCUGAGCAUUGAAUAUAUAAUAUAUUACUAAUGUUCACUAUCCCUCCCGGAACGCUCUCCGUCCGUCAUAUUCCAAAUGCUCUUUAGGAAUAUCGAUAAUACGUUCUCGUGCCAAGCUUUGUCUUGUCUUUGUGUUUUAUGAGUAUUUUCACUAUGAAUGUAUCGUAUGAAUCUUGAUUUAAACUGAUUAUAUUAUGAAUAAUAAUAAUAAAGGUAUUAAUUAAAGUUCUAAAUUAAUGUUAAAGGGACACUAUAGUCACCCAGACCACUUCAGCUCAAUGAAGUAGUCUGGGUGCCAGGUCCCCCAGGAAAACAUUGAGAAAUGCUUUCCUAUGGGCGUUUUUAAUGCACGCUCGGCUUUGGCCGUGCAUGCGCAUUCGGCUCCACUUGGAAGCUAAAGUCGGAGGGGGAGGAGAGGUCACCAGCGCUGAGGGAACAAACAACGAGUUUGUUUUCCUGACACUAUAGUGAUCCUUUAAUCAGUUUACUAUAACCAGACUUACUAAAUGUUUGUCUUAUAAUAUGUUUAAAACAAACAGAUUUGCAGAUAAGGAUAACUGAUUCUUAUAAGAAUAAAUAAAGUUAAGGUUUUAAGUAACAUAACACUAAGAGAAUUGGUAAUAAGUUAAAAAGUUGAAAGGAUAUAUACAAACAAAUUAUGAUAAUAGUAUCUGCCAGUUAAUAAAAACGCACUAUCCCUUGAAAUAAUAUGGCAGAAUACAUAUCUGAUGUAAAAAAAAAAAAAGGAGUUAAAUCACUUUGUUUAUGCAGCCCUAGCCUCACCUCCCUGCAUAACUUACACAGCCUUCCUAAACACUUCCUGUAAAGAGCUAUCUAAUGUUUACACUUCCUUUAUUCUGCUUAAUUUAGAAUUUUCUUAUCUCCUGCUCUCUUAAUAGCCUUCUAAACACUGCAGGAGCCUCCUGUAUGUGAUUAAAUGUUAAUUUACAGAGUAGGCAAUAAAAACGGCUAAAGCAAGUUAACAUCUGGUUGAAAAUGAAACCAUUUUGUUUUCAUGCAGGCUGCGUCAGUCACAGCCAGGGGAAGUAUGACUCCUAAAUGGCAGAGAAUUAAGCAGUGAGAUUUCAGGGGCAUGAUCUACAUACCAAAACAGCUUCAUUGAGCUAGAGUUGUUUCAGUGCCUCUAGUGACCUUUUAAAUUGUAAAGUAAAACAAGACUCUAUUGGACAAUUGCCUGUAUGUGUAUGUUUAUGGAACAGAAUUCCCCACACCCUCUUGUGAGGUCAGCAUUAUCUUAAUAGUGAAAGAAGAAGCUAAGCUAUUUUAGGAGACCGCAUUAACUGACCACUUCCUCCCAUUGCUUUUAGCUUGUUACUCACAUCCCUUCCAACUUUCAGCAUAAGACAGCAGCACCUAUUCCCAUACACCAAAAGCCUCUUUAUAGACCCCCAAAGCAUUUCUCAAACCCCAAACUCUAGUUGGUCUCCAUAGGUCUUUUUAUUUCAUUUUGGAAGUAAAACGUGGAAUCCGCGUUGCUGAAUCCUGUCUUUCUUUGAGAUUUUAGUUUUUCUGAGGCUAUAUCUUUAGAUAUAUAAUGUUUGUUAAAGGAUACAUCCCUUAAACUAAUUCCUAUAGUACUUUGAUCCAGUGCAGGAAAAUUACUGAUCUUAAAGGAUCACUAUAGUGUCAGGAAAACAAACCCGUUUUCCUGACACUAUAUAAUCCUUGGGGGACCCUCACCCUCAGGGCCCCCAUCCCGCUGGACUGAAGAGGUUAAAACCCAUUCAGCCACUUACCUUAAUCCAGCGCCGGGCUUCCUCGGCGCUGGGGACCUGUCCUCUCCCGCCGACGUCAGCUCCCGAGUGGAGCGGAAUGCGUGUGCGCGGAAAGAGCAUUCUCUCAGUCAAUAGGAAAGCAUUUCUCAAUGCUUUCCUAUGGGCGUUCUGCACGCUGGAUGUGAAUUUCGCAUCCAGCGUCGCAGAUGCGCCUCUAGCGGCUGUCAGGAAGACAGCCACUAGAGGUUGGAUUAACCCCUAAUGUAAACAUAGCAGUUUCUUUGAAACUGCUAUGUUUACAUGUGAAGGGUUAAAACCUGAGGGACAUUGCACCCAGACCACUUCAUUGAGCUGAAGUGGUCUGGGUGACUAUAGUGUCCCUUUAAUGCUUUACACAUAAAAUAAGUGUAAUCUAUAAAAUGUAUCUGUUUAUUUUAAACAAUUUCUUUUCUUUUCCCUGUAGAAAGGGGCAAACGAAGGCUUGUACACUGUAAGUAUAACUUUUAAUUCUUUCUUGAUCAAUAAAUGGAAAAUAAUUGUAUUUAAUCACCAGUUAUGUAGUUUCACUUUAGAACAUAUUUCACUGGGAAGUAGAGAGGGAGUAUUUAGGUAAAGCCUCUUGUAAAUAUGCAAUGCUAUCAGGGGUAGGGCCAGAUUAAGAGCAUAGUGGGCCUGGUGCUGACAAUUAUGACGGGCCUAAUUACGGAAUCUUAUCGACCAAAAACACUGAAACAAGCAAACCUCCCAAGCGUUGUGUAUCUGAUGGAGAUGGUGCUGGAGGGAAACUCAUAGGAUGCAGCUAUGAGAAAACACAUACUCUAUGCUAAUUUCUCUCUAACUUAUGCUUUCAUCUAUCAAGUAAAUCCAUAACCCCUAACAGCAGUGUCCAGUGAUGCAGGAAGUCAAUGGGCGGGGUAAAAGGGUGUGCCACUGGCGCGAAUCACAUGACAAGACUUGCCAAAAGGGGUGAACAUGCCCAAAAAGGGGCAUGUUUGUCCAAAGAAUUGGAAGGUCAGCCUGGCAUGAAUGCAUGUCAGGCUGCCUGCCAAUCCUGCAGGCUGUCCAACUAAGGGCAUACUAUGCAGGCAGCACCUUGAGCAUGACAUAAAUGCGUCUAAUGAUGCGCUCGCUCAACGCUUUCUAAGGACUGUCCCCUAGCACUCACAUGUCCACUUGUCUCAUUACCUUCUUACUAGCAGGCAGAAGCUCCUGGUAUAUAGUCUGAGACAUAGAAAAGAUGUCUGUAGUGAGUGUAGAAGAAAGGGGACAUGCCACAGUGUUAGAGAGACCAACGUCUGCAUUACCUAAACUAACUUUAAUGUCAGCAAGUGCACACAAGUUUUGUUCCCAUACAUCCUCUUAAGCUUCCAAACUUAAAGGGACACUAUAGUCACCAGAACAACUACAGCUUAUUGUAUUUCUUCUGGUAAGUAGAAUCAUUCCAUUCAGGCUUUUUGCAGUAAACACUGUCUUUUCAGAGAAAAUAACUCCACUGGCCGCUCCUUAGAUGGCUGCUAGAGGUGCUUCCUGGGGCAGUACUGCCUAGUCUGCAGCACUGCCAUUCAGUGUCUCCACCCUCUGCAUGCAGACACUGAACUUUCCUCAUGAUUGAUUCAAUGUAUCUUUAUGAGGAGAUGCUGAUUGGCCAGGGCUAUGUUGGACUUGUGCUGGCUCUGCCCCUGAUCUGCCUAGUUCACAGUCUCAGCCAAUCCUAUGGGGAAGUAUUGUAAUUUGCUCAGACCACCAUUUCUGAGCCAUCAGCUGCAGAAUUGAAUACAAGUAAUAUUUUGCUAUAUUUAGGGAGGCAAGAAGGGGCCAGGGUGGUGGUUUUAACAUAAUAGGGUCAGAAAUACAUGAUUGUGUUCCUGACCCUAUAGUGCUCCUUUAAGCAAGAGUAUGUGAAGAGUAGUUAAGGUUGCCACCUUACUUGGAAAAAAGUACCAGCCUUAAUAAUUUGUAUAAUUAAUUAGUUAUGCGUGAUAUCACAUGAUGUAAAUCACAAUGAGUGACAUCAGAGAAAAUUAUGUAAAAUCACCAAACUACUCACAGUUUGAUUCUGCUGUAUAGAUGGAUUGCUCCCAGUGUUUCCCUGUCUCCCAGUGUCUCAGUCUUGCAAGUCACCCAGUGUCUCAGUGUCCCUAUGUAUCACAGUGUCAGUGUCCCCAUCUCGCCCAGUCCCCUAGUCUCCCAGUGUCUGUGUCCCCGUUCCCCCCAGUGUCCCAAUGUCUCAGUGUGUCCCCAUGUCACUAGGAUACUGGGGACACUGAGAGACCCAGGGACACUGAGAGAGCCGGGGACACUGAGACAUUUAGGGAAACUGGUAGAAAUGGGGACACUGGGAGACAUGGGGACACGGACACAGACAUGGGAACACAGACACUGGGAGACUAGGGGACACAGGGAGACUAGGGAACACUGGCUGGGAGACAGACACUUGGGGACACUGGAAGACAUGGGAACAGUUGUGGACAUAGACAUGUGGACACUGGGACAUAUAGGGACACUGGGAGACAUGGGGACCCCAGGCACACUGAGACACUAGGAACACACUGGGAGACAUGGAGACACUGAAACAUUUGGGGACACUAAGACACUAGGGAAACAGACACUGGGAGACUAGGGGAUACUGGGAGACUAGGGGACACUGGCUGGGAGACAGACACUUGGGGAGACAUGGGGACAGUUGUGGACAUAGACAUGGGGGCACUGGGACACAUGGGGACACUAGGCACACUGAGACACAUGGGACACAGACACUGGGAGACUUGGGGACACUGAGACACUAGGGACACUGGCUGGGGGACAUAGUGUCUCCGUGUCCCAAUGUCCCUAUGUCUCACAGCGUCCCCAUGUGUCUCAGCAUCCCCAUGUGUCUCAGCAUCCCCAUGUGUCUGUGUCCCCUGGUGUCUCAGUGUCCCCUGGUGUCUCAGUGUCCCCUAGUAUCUCAGUGUCCCCUGGUGUCUCAGUGUCCCCUAGUAUCUCAGUGUCCCCAUAUGUCCCCAUGUUUUCCAGUGUCCCCAAGUGUCUGUGUUCCCAGGUCUCCCAGUGUUUGUGUCCUUGUGUCUCAGUGUCCCCUAGUGUAUGUGUCACCGUGUCCCCUAGUGUCUGUGUCCCCAUGUGUCCCCUAGUGUCUGUGUCCCCAAUGUGUCCCCUAGUGUCUCGGUGUCCCCAAUGUGUCCCCUAGUGUCUCUGUGUCCCCAUGUGUCCCCUAGUGUCUCAGUGUCCCCUAGUGUCUCUAUGUCCCCAAUGUGUCCCCUAGUGUCUCGGUGUCCCCAAUGUGUCCCCUAGUGUAUCUGUGUCCCCAUGUGUCCCCUAGUGUCUCAGUGUCCCCAAUGUGUCCCCUAGUGUCUCUAUGUCCCCUAGUGUCUCGGUGUCCCCAUGUGUCCCCUAGUGUCUCAGUGUCCCCUAGUGUCUCAGUGUCCCCAUGUCUCCAUGCUGCCAUUCCCCCGAUCCCUCACUUACCUGAGCCUAGAGCUGCUGUCUGGAUUCUCUGUGCUGUGUAGCUGCUCCCCCACGGAUCAGUGAGUAGUAGAGAGAGGCAGGGAUAUUCUGUAACUUCCUAUCCCUGCCUCUCUCCACACACAGUGACCCCUACUGGCCGGUGCUGGUAUUGCAGAGUAAUUUCCAUUUAUUCUGAGAAAAUUACCUGCAUUUGUUUUGCUGGUAUUACUGCAAUACCGGCAGGGCCAGGCAGCCUCAAAUACCGUCUGUGCCAUUAAAAUACCAGUCAGGUGGCAAACCUAAGAGUAGUGUGUAAAAAAUUUUAAUGGGUCUUGGCCUGGGCCUGGAGCUGCAGCUCCAUCAGCCCCUAUGUUAAUCCGGCCCUGAUCAGGGGUUUUGGGGGCGCUGUCCAGACAGCGAGGCCCGUCACAAGCCCUUAAGAGCCACAAGUUCUUUUAAAGGGGACACUGUAGGCACCCAGACAACUUCAGCUCAUUAAAGUAGUCUGGGUGCUGUGUCCCUUUUGCACUUAGUGCUGCAAUGUAAAACACUGCAAUUCCAAGCCUGCCCCCAGGAACUAGAGGGCUUCCAGAAUCCAAACAGACUUUUGGUCCGUUAUCUGAUGCUGGACAUCCUCACGGAACUCAAGCAUCAGAUUUUCCCCAUAGGAAAGCAUUGAAUAAUGGGGAGGUGUAAUGCACACGUGACCAUUGCCGCGCAUGCGCAUUAUUUUUCCCCCGCCUGCGUCAGUGGGGGGGGGGAGUGUUGGCAGAGCCUGACCAAGCGCCGAGGGACAUCAGUGCUGGAUUCGGGUCAGUGGCUGAAGGGGUGCACGAGGGAUGGGGGACCUAAUAACCCUAUAGUGCCAGGAAAAUGGUUUUGUUUUCCUGGCACUAUAGGAUCCCUUUAAGCUACUGAUCCUAUACUUUUUUGGUAUGACAGGAUUGCAAGAGUGUUUUCAUUCUCCAAAUUAAAGUUUAUUCGAUUUUCAAGAAGAAAAAUACAAUGAUCUGAAGACACAGGUUGGCUACAUCUAACAUAAAGACACUUAAUUUUAGCUAAUCAGCUAAAGGUGAUUAAUUAUCCCCAUAAAUCAGGGUUGGGGUUGUUUUGUACAACAUCUCUCAUAAUGCUGGCAAGGCAUCAAGGGAGAUGUAGUCCAGACAAUCUGGAGAGACAAAGAUUCCCCACCCCUGCCAUAACUGAUGACCAUUUUCCAUAUAAAACUACCAUAAACACCAACUGGUAAAUCUAUAGUGUUAGGAAUACAAAAUUCUCCCCCCACACCCCAUACACUUAAUUCCAGAUUCCAGGACCGAUCUCCCUCGUCACUGAGUUGGCGCUCUGCUUCUUCUGACGUUAUCCGACAGUGAGCACUGUGAGUGCAUUAUGCCCUCCUUAUAAGGAAGCAUUGAAUCAAUGCUUUUCUAUGGGGAUUUCACUGAUGCUGGAUGUCCUCAUGCAGAAUGUGAUGACGUCCAGGGUCGUUUAAGGGAUUUAUAGUCAGGUAAAAUCCAGGAAGUGCCUCUAGUGACUUCCUGAUGGGCAGCCGCUAGAGGCGAUCCUAGUCCUGCAAUGUUUUCAAAAACUGCUAUGUUUUACAUUACAGGACCAAGGGGUACGGGGACAUAGCAUCUAGACCACUUCAAUGAGCUAAAUAGGUCUGGGUGCCUAUAGUGUCCCCUUGAUAAAGUGUGAACUCUAUACUAUUGUAAAUCUUAUUACACAGAUCUUUUUUAUGUUUUGUUUUUUGUUAAUUCCGCCAACAUUUUGGGGGAAGAAAUUAUCCUUUGUUUGUGCCCCCAAUCAUUUUAUAUUUCUUUUCCAAUCUCGUAGGGUCUGGGCCCAGUAGAAAAGGGCACUUAUGAAACACUGACUGGUGCCGAUAAACGAACCUGAAGCCUUAUCUCAAAAAACGUAGCAUCUACUUCACCAUCAGCAUCCCCUGUGUACCCGUGUGUAUUGAAUCAAUAUCUCCUCGAGAAGCAAUCUGUUGAAUAAAUUGUCUUUUACAAACACUCUCUUUCGCUAGCAGAACUUUGCAACAGGGAAACUGUUAGGAAAAGCUUUAUUAUUUUGGGGAUCAUUGGGCAUUGCUUCAAAACUUGCUCAGUACCAGUACAGGAGUGGGUGGAGAGUGCCCACUACUGAAGGUCAAAAACAAGUAAACAUUGAAACAGAUGCAUUUACGCAAGCGCUUCCUCAUUACUAGAAGCAAAGACUUCCUAUUAAUUGUCCAUUACCCAGACACUCUUGCUACAUUGCUGCCUUCAUACUGUAGAAUUUCACAGUAACAAAGAUUUAUUUUCAUUUUUUAAUACAUUUAACUUUUGUAUUUCACAUAAUUAUUAUAAAUAACAAUGUUUUUUUUUUUUAAUGUACAUGGUUACAUAAUCGUUGCUGGCAAAACAAAAAAACUAUUUGCAGCAAUUUCCUCCUUGACUCUAAAUCAAUAGUCCGCUUUCUCCUUGAAUCAACAGGGUAUUACGCAGCAUAUUAAAGGGACACUAUAGUCACCAAAACCACUUUAACUUAAUGAAGCAGUUUUGUUGUAUAGAUCAUGCCUGCUCAAUUUUCUGCCAUUUAGGAGUGAAAUCACUUUUGUUUCUGUUUAUGCAGCCCUAACCACACCUCCACUGGCUCUGAUUGACACAGCCUGCAUGAAUACAAAAUGGUUUCAUUUUCAAUCAGAUAUAACUUACUUUAAAAGUUUUUAUCUCCUGCUCUGUAAAUUGAACUUUAAUUACACACAGGGGGCUCCUGCAGGGUCUUGCAAGCUAUUAACUGCGCAGGAGCUAAGAAAUUCUAAAUUAAACAGAAUUUGCAAUAAAGGAAGUGCAAACAUUAGAUGACUCUUUACAGGAAGUGUUUAGGAAGUUUGUGUGUCACAUGCAGGGAGCAGGGCUGUCUUUAACAUUGAUUGGACCCUGGGCAAGCAUUUGCUUGGGCCCCCUGGAUCCUGCCCUUCCCCUCCACACAUUUCCACCCCCUGGCAUGCAGUCAUGCCCUCCACCCCAAUACAGUGGCAUAACUAAUGUAGAGAAGGCCCAGGUGCAAGACAUUUUUUGGGCCUCCCAUCUAGCACAAUAAUGGAGAAAAGAUAGAUCCUCAUCUGUUGUACAAUUCCCACGAUGCUAUGCCAGUUGGGGAUCUACCAUUUGGUCAUUCUUGCAGGGCUGUAUUUGUGAGCAGUGUUUGUAAAUUUGAAUGUGAGCAUGUUGUUGUAUAGAGUAUGUGUGUGCAUGUACGGUGUAGUAUUGGUGUUAGAGUGAAGGGGUGUGUUUCUAUAUACUUUUUGAGUUUGAAUUCAGGGGCGUGUUUGUAUGUAAUGUUUGUGUUUGCAGGGGUGUGUUUGCAUGUUGUGUUUGAUUGCUUGGAUGUAUGACAUACAUUCACAGAUAUCCAUACACAUUAGCACACUGAUACAUGCACACAUCUGGACACAUGCACAGACUGAUACAAACAGACUGGCGUAUACACACACAGACACAUACAUACAUACACACACACACACAGAUACAAAGAUAAAAACACUGGCACAUCCACACACAGAGAUACACACUUACACACACUGACACAGAUAUAGACACACAUUAAGAUGCACACAGACACACGGGUACACAUGCAGGGGUGUAUUUGUGUGCAGUGUUGGCAAAUGAAUGCAUGCCACACAGAUGCACACUUACACAAACACUGAGAUACACACAGAUACACAUGCAGUGGUGUAUUUGUGUGCAGUGUUAGCGUUGGAAUGUAGUAGUGUAUAUGUGUGCAGUGUUGGUACUGGAAUGAUGGAACGUAUGCAUUGCCACACGCAUAGAUACACACUUACACAACCUGACACUCACAUACAUACACAGACACGCAGGUACACAUACAAACUGACACACAAGUACACGGACACAGGUAUACAUCCACAUAGAUACACAUAAACACUGACACAAAGGUACACAUACACUGUUACAAACACAGCCAGAUACACACACACAGCCAGAUACAAACGCACACACAUACAGAUACACACGAAUAAAGUCAGAUACACACGCAUAGUCAGAUACACACGCAUAGUCAGACACACACGCAUAGUCAGAUACACACAUACAGUCAGAUACACACACAUACAUAGUCAGAUACACACACAUACAUAGUCAGAUACACACACACAGUCAGAUACACAUAUACAGUCAGACACACACGCAUAGUCAGAUACACACAUACAGUCAGAUACACACACAUACAUAGUCAGAUACACACAAAUACAUAGUCAGAUACACACACACAGUCAGAUACGCACACACAGUCAGAUACGCACACACAGUCAGAUACACACACAGUCAGAUAUACACACACACAGUCAGAUAUACACACACACAGUCAGAUAUACACAUACAGUCAGAUACACACAUACAGUCAGAUAUACACAUACAUAGUCAGAUACACACAUACAUAGUCAGAUAUACACAUACAUAGUCAGAUACACACAUACAUAGUCAGAUAUACACAUACAUAGUCAGAUAUACACAUACAGUCAGAUAUACACACAUUUAUAUCAAUUUAAGUCUAGCCACCCUCUUGUCUCCUUACCUUUAGAGAAGGGUGGCUUCCCUGGGGUCCAGUGGAAGCUGGAUGGCUGAGGUUGAUGGGAGUCUGAUGAACAUGUUUACCUCAGUCCCUCUCCUUCACCUCCUCCUCCUGUGUGUGCAUCCUCCCUCUCCUCCACUUCCAUGUGUCUCCUCCUCCCCAGCGGCACUCUGUUACUUGGGAGGAAGUGAUCUCACCUCACUUCCUCCCAGCAGGCAUACAGACAGGGGCCCGGUCGGGUGCUCAAUUAAAGGGCGGGGGGCCCUGAUUACUUCACUUGCCGCAGCCCACUGGGAUAUUUCUCAGUAUCCCGGUGGGCUGUUCAGUCCUGGCUGCGGGCAGGGGGCCCACGGGACAGCUGCUUUGGGCCCCCCAGGAGCAACUGGGCCCGGGGCAGCUGCCCCGUUUGCCCCUUGUUAAAGACGGCCCUGGCAGGGAGGUUGCAUAAACAAAGUGAUUUAACUCCUAAGUGGCAGAGAAUUAGACAGUAAGUCUGCAGGGGCAUGAUCUAUACACCAAAACUGCUUCAUUAAGCUAAAGCUGUUUUGGUGACUAUAGUGCCCCUUUGACUAUUACAUCCUUGAAAAUGUGGUUUUUCCAAAAAUUGGACUGACAUUUUAAAAAAAUCUGUGCAAAUAUGUAUGUAUGUGUGUAUGUAUCACUUACUCGAAAGUUAAUAGAAUAAUCUGCAGUUCUUUACAUUGUACCUGUCUUGAAAUAUACAACUUGGUUUAGAAUUAAAGAGCAUUAAAUGUUAUCUAUAUGUUGUACUUAGUGAUGGCAAACGUAUAGAUUUUAAUUUAAGUCUUUUUAAGGUUUUCGUCCCUCUGCCACUGUCAAUCCGUCCUCGGCAUUAGAUCUGUGUGCUACUGACAUACUGGUCUGAGCAGAGAAUUGGAGGACAGGGAGAGCAAGCAACUGCCCCCCCCACCCCCCCCUUUCUAAAGUCAGUUCUCCUAUUCUGUCACAUUGCUACUCCCCCAGCAAAAUUUUAAAGGGGUAGCACUAGCAGGUGAGUGUUAAGAUUAUAGCUUCUAAAGUAUAGACAUUCAUUGUGUUUAUCUCCACGUUAAAUUAGAUGUUUACUGCCUUCAGGGUAGUUAUAUUUUUAAAUGAACCUGUUGUCAAGGCUUGCAACUCUACCGUUUUUGAAAUUAAUAUACCCUUACUUGCUGCUAUCAUAUAGAGAUUCAAGAAAGCAGAUGCUAAUUUCAACUUCUCGUUUUAUGUUUUUUUUUAGCCUGGACACUCGUAGAUUUUCACUGCUUUGUCUGUGAACUGUAUCACUCUUUUACAUUUUGUAUUCUGCAUAUUAGCUGGUGUAAAUAGUUAUUCUUGUAGCGCCGCUAACGUUUGUUUAUUUUUCAUUAUUUCUUUUUGUAUAUAUAAUACUUUUUGACAAUGAAUGUAAACUCCGUUUGGCUUUUGCCCUGUACGAGAAGAUUAAAUAUUAUUUCAGGUUUUUUUUUAAAAACACCCCAACGCACUCAAAAACUUAUUGGCACCUGAAACUGUACCAAGAUUUGUGGCUGUGCCUACCUUCAUAUCGAAUUUAUUCCAUUCUCACUUCCAGUCCUUCACCUUUCAUUUAAUAUAUCGAUUUUAUUAUUGUGUAGAACAGAACGUUGUGUACACCCAAUGGUAACUUUGAAAGACAUAUUUUAUACAUAUUCUUUUAAAGAAAAAUACAAUAAAAUUAUUAUUUCUUGCAAACUCAAUACUGAAG